CACAAAGCUAGUCCCAGAUUUGAGCGACGGCGAGGCACCCUGAUGAGUGAGCCUCGGGAGCGCAAUGGAUUUGACUAAGAUGGGCAUGAUCCAGCUGCAGAACCCCUGCCACCCCACCGGGCUGCUGCACAAAGCCAACCAGAUGCGCCUGGCAGGGACGCUGUGCGACGUGGUCAUCAUGGUGGACAGCCAGGAGUUCCACGCGCACCGGACGGUGCUGGCCUGCACCAGCAAGAUGUUCGAGAUCCUCUUCCACCGCAACAGCCAGCAUUACACCCUGGACUUCCUCUCGCCAAAGACGUUCCAGCAGAUCCUGGAGUACGCGUACACCGCCACCCUGCAGGCCAAGGUUGAAGACUUGGACGACCUGCUCUACGCCGCCGAGAUCCUGGAGAUCGAGUACCUGGAGGAGCAGUGCCUGAAGAUCCUGGAGACCAUCCAGGCCUCCGAGGACAAUGACGCCGAGGUCACCAUGGCCGACGGAGGCGCCGCCGCCGAGGAAGAGGAGGAGAGGAAGUCGAGGUACAUCAAGGGCCUCUUCGUCUCCAAGCCCGCCGGCGAGGAGAGCGGCUACGCCGGUGCGGCUGGCCAGAGCCUGCCGGCGGCCGCGGCGGACCAGAGCCCCUCCGCUUCCGCUUCUUUUGGCCCCCUCUCCGCCAUGAGCCCCACCAAGGCGGCGGUGGACAGCUUGAUGACCAUCGGGCAGUCGCUGUUGCAGGGUGCCCUGCCGCCUGGCGCCCCCGAGGACUCGCGCCCCGCCGCCGCCCGCCGCCCCCCCGGCCUCGCCGAGGUCAAAACCGAAGCGAUGCAGGUGGACGACGCCUCCAGCCGCAACAGCCCCCAGACGGCCGAGCCCGGCGCCUCCGGCGGGGAGAAACCUGACGAGAAGGGCAAGGAAGGGCCCGGCACCCCGACCCGCGGCAGCGUCAUCACCAGCGCCCGCGAACUGCACUAUGCCCGCGAGGAGGGCGCCGAGCCGCCGCCCGAGCCCGGCCAGGGGCUGCCGCUGGGGCCGGAGCCGUCCGCCGCCGCCGCUGCCCAGGGCGACAAGCCCCUGGGCAUCUAUUCCUUGCUGCCGAACCACAAGACUGAGCCGGUGCUCGGCGUGCCGCCCUCCGUGGCGUCCGCCCUGCACGUGCAGCCAGCCCUGGCCGUCUCUAUGGACUUCAGCGCCUACGGGGGGCUGCUGCCCCAGGGCUUCAUCCAGCGGGAGCUGUUCAGCAAGCUGGGGGAGCUGGCGGCCGGCAUGAAGACGGAGAGCAGAGCCCUGGGCGAGCAGUGCAGCGUGUGCGGGGCAGAGCUGCCGGACAACGAGACCCUCGAGCAGCACAGGAAGCUGCACAGCGGGAUGAAGACUUACGGAUGCGAGCUGUGCGGGAAGCGGUUCCUGGACAGCUUGCGGCUGCGAAUGCACUUACUGGCUCACUCAGCGGGCGCCAAAGCCCUGGUGUGCGAUCAGUGCGGCGCCCAGUUCUCGAAGGAAGACGCCCUGGAGACGCACAGGCAGACGCACACCGGUACGGACAUGGCCGUUUUCUGCCUGCUGUGCGGCAAGCGGUUCCAGACGCAGAGCGCCUUGCAGCAGCACAUGGAGGUGCACGCCGGGGUGCGCAGCUACAUCUGCAGUGAGUGCAACCGCACCUUCCCCAGCCACACCGCACUCAAGAGGCACCUCCGCUCCCACACAGGUGACCACCCCUACGAGUGUGAGUUCUGCGGCAGCUGCUUCCGGGACGAGAGCACGCUGAAGGGCCACAAGCGCAUCCACACCGGCGAGAAGCCCUACGAGUGCAACGGCUGCGGCAAGAAGUUCAGCCUCAAGCACCAGCUGGAGACCCACUACCGGGUCCACACGGGCGAGAAGCCCUUCGAGUGCAAGCUGUGCCACCAGCGCUCCCGGGACUACUCGGCCAUGAUCAAACACCUUCGGACCCACAACGGCGCUUCCCCCUACCAGUGCACCAUUUGCCUGGAGUACUGCCCCAGCCUCUCCGCCAUGCAGAAGCACAUGAAGGGCCACAAGCCGGAGGAGAUCCCCACCGACUGGCGGAUAGAGAAGACCUAUCUUUACCUCUGCUACGUCUGAGGGAGGAGGCGCAGGGGCGGCGGGGCCGAGUGGCGGAGGACUGGGCAAAAAAAAAACCACCGAACCCGCAGCGUCCACGGC